UCCUCGAAAUGCCGCCGCCUGGUCGUAAGCAGCGCUAGCCGGGUCCGGAAGAGAUGUCCUCGAUACUGGGUGACGGGACGGGUCCCGGUGGGCCCGGGCCCACGAGGUGUUUGCUCCUUCUCCAAAGGUCCAUUGCAAUUCAACUCAGUCGUGGACCGCCUCCCUCCGUCCUCACCGCUAAUCAGCAUGACACCACCAAGGAGCAUCAUCCAGCUGACGAAAUGUGGAUGUACGACAAGGGCUACAAUUUAUUCCAAAGUUUCUUGGAGGCCAAUUCCAAGUGCUGGUGGAAUGCAGCGUUGGUGGAUGCUACGAGGCAAUUAAGGUACAAGGGACAUGUGUCACCGGGUGUUUUGAUGGUGGGGGGUCCGCCGUGUGCAUUGGAAGUACUGCGGGCAGCGUGGUCGCGUAAUGUACUCAGACCACCGGCUGAUCAUGCCAUCACGUGUCUCGGUGACAUUGAAGAUUGCCUAGUGGCACCUGUGUCCCAAGGUCAAUUUACCCCCCUCCCCGAGGCCCUUUGCUGGGCAAUUCUGGAAUUAACAUCGCAACGGCAAGCAGCCACCCUUGACACUCUCCGUUCAGCCCUGAGGAAUGCCUUCCCCACGAUGCAGCGACCCGGUCGUGACUUGGUUUACGAUGCACUAGCCAAGUUGAUGCAGGAGAGGAAGAUUUAUCACACGUCGCAGGGCUACUUUGUCGUAACACCGGAGACAAGAAGGCUGAGAAGAGACUCGGGUGGAUCGAGGAGAAAUUCACGUGAUGUGGGGAGUUGCAGGGGACAGGGUGGUAUGUUGAUGAGCAAUGACGAGGCAAUGGCACUCGUUCACGGGGAAAUGCUCACCCUCAGGGAUGGUAAUGUGACGCAUCAGGCUGUACAAACGAAUCUCGCUGAUGUCAUUUGUGGAGGUAAUCCAAACGAUAAAGUUCUCUUCGCAAGAUGCAGAUCAGUGCCAGGACGAUUGGAGAGGCGGCAUUCGCUGCGACUCUGGGGUUCAGCUCGUAGAUUACACAGAAGCGGAAGUUCCCGUUCAUUACCACGAAGACCGGAGAGAAGUGACACCUCAUCAAGCGCCGAGUAUGCCAGUACAGACAGUGCGCCUCACAGUCCCACUAGUCUGUCUGGUAUAUUUUCAGAGAAGAUAGGCCUACUAUCAAGGCUGUUUCGGCGCAGCACGAGGAGGAAGGGAACACCGUUGAUGGGUACUUUCAGUGCACAGUAUCCGCCUACCGAGUGGUUCAAUCCCAGAGUCGUUCAUCUCCACAGCGUUGCAACGCAAACCCGAGCUGCCAGUCCGUCGAUGAUGGAAGGCCUGGACCAGUCGCAAGCCAGUUUCCAAGUGUGGGAUGACUCGAGUUCCGUGCGUUCAGCGACUUUACCUCGUCGUCACAGACGCCAGCCAAGCGGUGACUCAACCAGCCUCUUGGCAAAUUCAACGCCACGCAGCUCUCGACGACAUCGUUCGCCUUGCUCCACCCUACCACGCUCGAAAUGCUCGAGCUUGAGCCGAUGCACCUCCAGAGCGUCUGUAUUACCAUCGAGUGCGAGCCAGGAUCCUUAUCAGGGCAGGGUACAGAACCAGAAUGGUAAACACUCGAGUAACUCAUCGCCAAGCAGAAGUGGCGGUAGUUCUGGGUCCGUUAGAGCUACUAACGGAAGUCCGGCUAAGACAGGGACACUUGGAAGGUCGAGUACGAGGCACAGCUCGAGAAGGCCGAGUCAUGAUUCGACUGGGAGUGGUACUAAAUCCUCGAAUAGCUCUCCACAGCAUAAAAUCCUGCAGAAAACCUGCUCGAGUCAGUCAACCCACUCCAGCAUAAAAUCGGCUUCAAGUGGGAAGCUGUCCUCCUCUCCCCUGAAGACCACCACAAUAUCGUCAAAGUCAUCGCCCCUGAAAAUCAUUCAACAAGGAGCUCUAACUCCCCUCCAGGAAGCCCAAAACUCGAUAACCCUCCAAGUAUCCACAAACCUCUCCCCCGUGAGUCCACCUCAAGAACGUGCCAUCUCCAGCAGUGUAACCCUGGCGUCAAACGCCUCCAGUACCACCACGAUAUCCGGCUCCCCGGGUACCAAGAUUUACGUCCACCAAAAUAAUUCACCAAUGCGUUCCGUAAUAACAUUCGAAAACGGUACAGCCAAGAGCGUAAUCGAGAAGGACACGUGUACCAGCAACAAGGAGAAACAAGAGUUGGUGAGUGAAAAAGUGCAGAAGGCAAUGCUGGAGAAGGAGAAACUGGUAAAUUCCAAAACAGAUGACGAGAAGAAUCGCAAAGUCGAGGAGGACUGGAAGCCGAUUAAACUGGAGAGACCGUCAUCCCUGUACGCUACAAAAGACCUUAAAUCAGAAUCUGAUAAGGAGAACAAACCAAAGGUGGAUGAGGACGCGCCUAACAAGCUUAAACUCACAAAUCGCCUGAAUAACAGUCAAGCGCAUUUGAUCGAAGGUUCUGCCAACAACAGUGACAAGAAUUCCUAUGACAACUCAACUGUAACCGCUCCAAUAACGAAGAAUACAAACGACGCUAUGAACAACUCACGAAAGCUCAGUCUGUCCUUAUCGAAAGACGCCUUGAGCUAUCGAAACCUUCUCCGUCCAGGCUCGAAGAACAACAUCUCGUCGAACUCUCUGUCACCCACGAAAUCGUUUGCCGGUUUCGGAGGCUCAUUUAACAACGUCUACAUCGAGAACCUCGAGAGCGUGAAGACACUCAGAGCCCCUCAGGGGUCAGAACCAAAUCUUGAGAAGACUGUGAGUCGAGGAGACCUCUAUUCCUACCCAAGCCUGAGCGACAUGCAGGUCCAGUUCACCAGUCUCGCCGCCCAAAAGAUCCUCAAGGGCUGCCCAAUCAACAGCGUCGACACCCUCGUCGAAGUUAACAUGGCGGCUGCUGAGAAACCCAACAAUCGAGAUGUUACCGUGCACACCGACUUUGGUCUCGUUUGAAAGAAAUAGUGUAGUCUUGUUCACCCAGAUACGUUGAGAGUUAUUUUACAAAAGUUGGAAAUAAAGGUUUCUUUUUUAACCAAAUUAUGAAGUAAUAUUUUUGAGUCAAGGAGAAACGAGCUUAGAAUUAGAUUCUUAAUGUUAUAGAAAUACAUGUUAUAUCACAGCUCUGGUUAUUCGGGGGAGUCUGUGCCAGCCAUUCCAACGAAAAGUAUUCGAUAGUUGAUUCAUAGUGGCCUGUAAUAUAGUAAGAUUUCAGUUAUUUUCAAGCAUUAGAUUAAUACGUUUAUACAUGAGACAUGAAUAUAAAAAACCCCAUUAUGUUUUUGAAAUUUCCAAUGAAUUCAGCUAUGAGAGUGUCGUAUAUAUAAAUAUAAAACUCGCC